ACUUGGGUAAUUUAUAAAGAAAAGAGGUUUAUUUUGGCUCACAGUUCUUCAGGCUGUGCAAGAUGCAUAGUGCUGGCACCUGCUUCUGGUGAAGCCUCAGGAAGCUUCCAUCAUGGUGGAAAGCAAACAGGGAAAAGACUGAGAGUGAGAACUCAUUACCAUGGGGAGGGCACCAAGCCAUUCAUGAAGGAUCCACCUGCAGAUCUCCCGAGGUCUAAAAUAAAAAGGAUCCAGCUCAUAACCCAAACACCUCCCACUAGGCCCACUUCGAACACUGGAGGUCACAUUUCAACAUGAGAUUUUGGAGGGAACAAACCAUGCAAGCCUUUCCCCAGAAGGAGGAGGUCUGGAUAAGUCAAGGGAAUGUGAUGAGGGAGUGUGGAUGUGUGGAUGGGUGCGUCUUUUGUGUGCAUGUGUGUGUGUGUGUGUGUGGCAUCAGAUCCAAGCUGAUUGGUGGCACUGUUGCAGGGACUACUAUAGGUAAACUAACUUGAAAAUCUGAAAUCUAAAAUGCCUCAAAAUCUGAAAUUUUUUGAGCACUGACAUGACACCAUGGGUAGGAAAUUCCAUACUAGACCUCUUGUGACAGGUCACAGUCAAAGUGCAGUCAAAAGUUCGUUGCAUGCACAAAAUUAUUUCAAAUAUUAUGUUUAAAAUUACCUUGAGGCAGUGUGAUAUGGCAUAUAUGAAACGGAUAAAUUUCCUUUUUAGAUUUGGGUCCCAUUCCCAAGAUAUCUUAUUAUGUAUAUGUAAAUAUUCCAAAAUCCAGAACAAUUCAAAAUCCAAAAAACUUCUGGUCUUGAGCAUUUCGGAUAAAAGAUACUCAACGCGUAUUACCUUCCCUCAUUCUGUAGUCUUUUCAAAUCUGAUAAGAGGCCUGGAGGCUGUGGGAAUAGCAGAGUGCUCCCUUGACAUGUAAGAAAGUGGCUGAAGAGGUCGCCUACGUUCAGAGCUGCAGGGAUUGUAGAUAAGUUCAGUUCACAAACUUUACAGAGCAGUCAGCCUGUGAUGCUGGCCAGGAGACAGAUGCAGAAGCAGCAAUUAGAAUAUUAUGCCACACGCUGCAAUAGCAGGCAGACAGGGACAGUGGCAGCUGGAAAGAUGGUCACUGCACUUGGGGCUGUCUGAGUGGAGGAACUGGACAGGCAGAGAAAGUGAACAGCAUUCCAGGUAGAACGUGGGGUCUUGCAGGCAAGGCAUUGCUCUGGAGGAAAACAUCUCACCUCCCUGUCCUGGAUAAGGAAGAAUUUAUCCCAGGAGAGGGAAAGAGAGUGCUUAUCUUGCUCACAUAGAUAGACCAGAGGGGAAGGGUGGGUGGCUGGAAAGGCAUCGGACCUGGUAACAUGGAGGGCUUUUCUUCCGCCUGCAUCUUAGAGAAAUGCUGUGUGUCUCCAGCUGUUCUCUGGCCAGUUUAGAAGGACGGUCAAUGAUCAUGUGAAGUGUAUCAGAGAAGCAGCUUGCUCCGCAGUAUAUUUUUCAAUACCCUUAGAGUUCAAGGUAUACUUUGGAUUCUUUUUUAUUCUGAUGAUGGGUCUGCGUACUCAGUUAACUGGAAAAAUACUUUUACCAGCUGAGAAAAGCAAUGUUGGUAUUCCAUAGACUUGCCUACCACCAAGUCAUCCUGUGUACUUUGCAAAGUCUCCUAACCUCCAUUUUGAGCAAGAGUCUCUAGAAUCUUCCAAGAAAAGUAAGGAACUUGAUCCAGGGCAAUGGGAAGAACACAGAACUUUACCCCAGGACUCUUUGCUCCUGGAUGACCCAAGGGAAACCACUUAGACUGUCUCUCAUUUUCUUCACCUUUACAAUGGGGAGAUUCGUCCCUGGUCUGGCUGCUUCAAGCAUUGAUGCAAGGAUAAAUGGGACACAGGACGGAAAGUGCUUUGCAAGUGCACCAGGCUCGAUGCAGGCAGUGUUUCAGGGUGACACUCCUUGCCAGCAUCUAUUUCAGCAUGGGUUAGACAGGAACCUGCUCUGUCUUGGAAGGCACAUCCAGACAGUCAGUGUCAGUGAAGGUCAGGGCUGCAUCUGAUGUGUCUCACUGUGAGGCUUCAUUUCCCAGCACAGCCUCACUUGGUUAGAGCACCAGGAGGUGAAGGAACAAGGUCCCUCUAAUCCUUUUACUGAGUCUGCAUAAAGGAACCCAGGUCUGUCCUGAAGGAACCCUGGUCUGUCCUGGACCACCCCCGUUCCUUCAGGUCCGGGAGCAGCACAGGGUUUGGAGAGCGUGGAGUCUGGUGCCUGCACCUCACACCUGUCUCUGCUCCUAAGAACUGCAGCAGCUUUGGGCUGUAGGAAGAUCCUCCACUGUGCUUGCCCGGGACACUCUGAAACCUUGCUCCUCUGGCAGCUGCCUGCUCCCUGGCUCCUGCACCCUGCCUCUCGGAGUCUCUGGUCUGCGCUGCAGUUAGAAACCCUGCCUGGAGCUGGAUCCACUGAACAGUAAUUUGGUCGUCACAGCAGAACUCUCCAACAAGUUUUACAGACUCAUCUGAUGAAGAGUGCCUGAGACACUGAGGGUCAGCGCUCCAAAGAUGGAGAAGACAGAUGCCAAAGACCAGUCCUGUCAGGGGGAUGAAGAGAAAGACCCUCCGAAGAGGCACCCUUACUCUGUGGAGACCCCAUAUGGCUUUCAUUUAGACCUGGACUUCCUCAAGUAUGUGGAUGACAUCGAGAAGGGGAACACCAUCAAAAGAAUUCCUAUCCACAGAAGGGCCAAGCAGGCCAAGUUUAGCACUCUGCCCCGAAACUUCAGCCUUCCUGACAGUGGGGCUCGCCCCCCUGCAGCCCCGCCGCCCCAAAACUGGUCCCCAGUGGUGCCAAGGAAGGCAUCGCUUGGGACACAGGAGCAAACCCAGUCACUGCCGCUUGGUAAUGCCUCCCAGGCCUCAACCAGCGCGAGUGAGGUGAGCUACCACAGGAGGGCCCUGUUGGCAGAGGCCACCAGGCAGUUGGAAGCUGCUGAACCAGAGGAUGCCGAGGUCACCCUUGGGAGUGGACGGCCCCAGCUAUUGAGAGCAUCCAGCAUGCCUGCCACGCUGCUGCACAGCAGGGCUUCUGAGGAGCCAGGCCUCAGCCCGGGGCCUCCUGCCCCUCCUGCCCUCCCUCCCCUUCAGGGUGAAGGCAGCGUCUGCGAUGGCACCUUUGGCCCUGCAGAAGGAUUGGCAGGUUUCCACAGCUCCAGCCCACAAGCAUCAACUCGGAUUCCGGAGCUGGUCCAGGAGGGAGCUGAGCCUCCAGAGGGCACGGUGAAGGCUCCAAAUCACCUCCCUCUCCCAGGCCCUCCUUCCUCAUUCCAGAAUGUGCUUGUAGUUCUAGAGGACAAGGAAGAUGAACACAAAGCCAGAAAAGCAGAGGUGGUGUUCACCCCCGGCUCCCCCACACCAAGCCCUCCUCCUCUGCCAUCACCCAUCCCUGAGAAUGAGCUCCUCCUGGAAGAAAUCGAGCUCAACAUCAGUGAGAUUCCACCCCCGCCACCUGUAGAGGUGGACGUGAGAAGCAUUGGCAUCAGAGUAACGGAGGAAAGCCUGGGCCUUGCCAGGGUGGAUCCAGGCAGCAUCUCCAGCCUGAAACAGCAGGUCUCGGCCCUGGAGGGAGAGUUGUCUGGAAGAACCGAGGAACUGGUGCAGGUCAGAGCUGCCCUCCAGCAGCAGGAAGAGGAAAUCAAGGCUAGGGAGCAAAGAAUUCGAGAGCUGGAGUUCACUGUAGCCCAACUGGAAGGACAGCUUCACCAAGAGAACACCAAAGACACUCAGGGCCAGACGGACGCCAUGGUGAACACUGACCCUGUCCAUGGACUCUUGACCAGGGAGUCGUGUGACAAGGGCAUUGAGGUCAACCUUCUAGGCAGCAUGGAGUCUGAAAGCUGGGGACACCGAGGAGAGGAAAAUGGCCUCCUAUGGGGGCCAGAUGGUCAUAAACAAGGGGAUCAGAGCCCAGCAGAACAUGUGCCCCAGCUGUCACUGCCACAGGGACCCGAGCAAGUCCUUACCCCCUCUGUACAUAGCUUCCUCUCCACUGAACUCAGGAUUGAAGAAGCAGGCACUGAACAGGAAGGAGGCCCUCAGGGAGGAACCAGGGGAGCAGGAGGCUUUCUGUGGGGCAGCGACAGAAAGACUCCCCCAGCAGGGAGAGAGGAGGCCAAUUCCGAUCUCCCAGGGAAGGAGCGCCAGGGAAGGCCACCGAGCUCGCCAACAGAUGCCACUAUUGGGCAGUACGUGAAGAAGAUCCAGGAGCUCCUGCAGGAGCAGUGGAACUGCCUGGAGCACGGGUACCCAGAGCUGGCCAGCGCCAUCAAGCAGCCGGCCUCCAAGCUCAGCAGCAUCCAGAGCCAGUUGCUGAGCUCCCUCAACCUGCUGCUGUCAGCCUACUCGGCCCAGGCUCCCCCACCCAAGGAGCCGCCGGCCUCCUCCUCCUCCCCGCCGAUGGAGAUCUCCCCGUCGACCAGCCUUAAAUCCAUAAUGAAAAAGAAAGACUAUGGCUUCCGUGCAGGAGGUAAUGGAACCAAAAAGAACCUUCAGUUUGUUGGGGUUAACGGUGGGUAUGAGACCACCUCGAGUGAGGAGACCAGCGGUGAGGACAGCUCCCCAGAGGACUUGUCUGACAGUGAGGCUGAGAAGAAGUGUGAUGGCCCAGACCACAGGCAUGUCAAAGACGCCCACCUCACCUUCGAGGCUGGGCAGGGCAUCCCCGAGGGCGCCUGCCAUGCUGCCCAGGAAAGUGGGGCUGAGGAAGAAGUCCCCCACUCCAAGGCUGAGAGAUAUAAACCCUCAGAAGAAUUUCUUAAUGCAUGCCAGGCACUGAGCCAGCAUCUGCCAGAAACUGGGACCACCACGGACCAGCUCUUGAGGCAAAGCUUGAACACCAUCAGUCAAGAGUGGUUCCGCGUCUCCAGCCGGAAGUCGUCUAGCCCCGCUGUGGUGGCCUCCUACCUCUGCGAGGUCCAGCCUCACUCCCCACACUUCCUGAAGCUGCUUGUCAACUUGGCCGAUCGCAACGGGAACACAGCCCUUCACUACAGUGUGUCCCACUCCAAUUUCUCCAUCGCGAAGCUGCUGCUGGAGACAGGCGUCUGCAACGUGGACCAUCAGAACAAAGCUGGCUACACUGCCGUAAUGAUCACUCCCUUGGCUUCCGCAGAGACCAAUGAAGACAUGGCUGUUGUCUGGAAGCUCUUAAGAGAAGGAAAUGUGAACAUUCAAGCUACUCAGGGAGGCCAGACUGCACUGAUGCUGGGAGUCAGCCACGACAGGGAGGACAUGGUUCAAGCGCUGCUUAGCUGCCAGGCAGAUGUCAAUCUGCAGGACCACGAUGGAUCCUCGGCCCUCAUGCUGGCCUGUCACCAUGGCAACGUGGACCUGGUGCGGCUGCUCCUGGCACACCCGGCCUGCGACAGCAGUCUGACUGACAAGGCUGGCCGUACAGCUUUGUCCAUCGCUCUGAAGUCACCCACCCAUAUGGAAAUUGCUGGGCUUCUGAGAGCCCACGCGGAGCAGGGCAGGCCCCUGGGGCUGUAGGGGCUGCAGAAGAACUGGUGGUGGGGAACAAAAGCCUUCUUCUCUGGACUCCUCCCUCGCCCUUGAAGAGGGCAGAGGUCACAGGCCAGAGAGCCACCCCUCUAGAGAAGAAACUAUGUCAAAUAUGCACAUACAUUCCUGUUGUAUAAUUCUGCUCAUUAGGAUGCUUUGUAGUUUUUGCCUUAGGCCAAGCCCCAAAACUACACGGGCUUCAGAGCAGGGUUCAAGGUGCAAGGUGAGGGGUACAUCAGUGUCAUCCAAACAUCCAAAACAUCUUCAGCCUUGAAUUCCUCAUGACUCUACCCUCUGUAGCAUCGUGUAGCAAGAAGGCAGGCAGGAGCACAUUCGCACAUUAGGAAAAGCAAUACUUUUUACAUGGAAUUUUAAAGUGCACUAUCUUUGUUUUUUAAGCAAGUGUAUACAAAUAUGUCCCAUUGAUAUGCAUGUCUAGAGAUGGGAGGGGAUUUAAGCCAACCCCUGGCAAGCAUUCUGUAGAGGACCCUAGAAGAAUCACCAUGCAGACUGGUGAAACUGAACAAGGACCAUUUGGGAGAUUUGUUUUGAUGGGGUUGACAAAGAAAUCUUAAAUUCAGACAAGGUAGGAAAAAGCACAUUGGCGUCAAUGCUGGAUGUACAGUCUUGACUAUUUCUGAGUCAUCUAGUGACUCCAAUGUGCUCCAGGGAAAUUGGAAUUAACUGAGAAAUUUAUUAUCUAGUAGGUUAGUAUGUAAUAAAUAAAAAAAGGAAAUUCAAUCCAAUGACACACACCACAUGUAUUUGGGCAGAGUCAGAUUCUUUCAGCUAUUUUGAGUCUGUAAAAGAAACCAAAAAAAAGCUUCCUCCUGAGGAUGGGUUAUUGUCAUCAAGAAGCCAUCACAUUUCCUGCAUAGCUGUACCCAUUACCUAUGGUAAUUCCCGGUGCUUUCCCCUCAUAUCCCCUAGAAGCAAAUAUCUGUUCUGAGGUUCUCUGGGACUUGUGGCUGCAGAGCCUUCAAGCCUGGAAAGCAGCAGAAGCAAGGGAGCCAGGCAGGGCAGGGCAAUCCUUUCCGAAGCUUCCAUAUUCCCUGGGGCCAGCACAUGCGAGGUUUGUAUGGUCAGUAGCUCACGUGAGGUCAUCUGAAUACGCUCUUUCUUUAAAUCUCCUAUG